CAAACGCGUCGUUCUCAUUCUAGGAAGUGAAAGCGCAGAAAGCGUUUCUAUUUUCUUCCUCAGCUAGUGAUUAACUCGUAAUAACAGCGUAUAAUAGACUUUCUGAACGGCGUUGCAAAGAUGUCGGUCGCAAAUCCGAAACAGACCAUAACGAAUCCAACGAUUCCUUAUAUUGGUACCAUCCUGGGAGGACUUCAACCCGGCGAGAUGGUGCUCAUUCAGGGCACUGUGCCCAGUGGUUCUGACAGAUUUCAAGUUGACCUGACCUGUGGGAGCAGCAUGAAGCCUCGGGCAGAUGUGGCCUUUCAUUUUAAUCCUCGCUUCACGCGAUCUCCCUACAUCGUCUGUAAUACACUGCAGAAGGAGCGCUGGGGAAAAGAGGAGAUCCACUACCUGAUGCCUUUCAGUCACGGCGCUGCCUUUGAAAUCAUCAUACUUGUACAGAAAGACUUGUUCAAGGUGGCGGUAAACGGCUCUCACCUGCUGGAGUACCGGCAGAGGGUAGAGCUAAAGAAGGUGGACACACUGAAUAUAUCCGGGAAGGUUCAAAUUCAGGCCAUUGGGUUUAUUCCCAGUUCAGAAAGCAAGAGCCCUGUCAUGCCUUCAAAUGCAGUUGCAAGCAAAAGACCACAGCCUUAUUCAGUCAUGUCGGAGUCAGGUGACACGAGCCUUCCAUUUAGGAGCAAACUCGCGAAAGGUUUAAGUCCAGGAGAUUCCAUUAUGGUGAAGGGUCAGAUCCCUGGUUCCCCACACAGCUUCGCAGUAAACCUGCGCAUCAGUAACUCGGAGGACAUCGCUUGUCAUUUAAACCCUCGUUUCAAAACUGGAUCUUUUGUUCGAAACUCGUUCCUUCGAGGCUGUUGGGGAUCUGAGGAGGUUUCGCUGCCCAGGUUUCCCUUCUCCCCUGGUGAAUACUUCGAGAUGAUCAUCUUGUGCGAAGCUCAGGAGUUUAAAGUGGCAGUAAACGGCUUCCACCAACUGAGCUACAAGCACCGCGUGCAGGAUCUGAGCAGUGUGGAUGUGCUGGAGAUCAUGGGAGAUCUAGAGCUCAGGGAUGUGAAGAUGUGGUGAGAAGAAGCUCCAGCCUGAAGAACAAUCCUGUUUUUUUUUUUUCUCCAAGCAAAGUAUAUUUAAUCAACCUGUGUCCUCCUGUUAAUUCUAUAUUGGUACGAAUGUCGCCAUGGUAAAAUAUGGUGAGCAGCUCCAGCCUAAGGAAAGCAUUCCUACUAUAUUUAACAUCUCACUCCUACAACUCAAGCUAUAUAAACGUAUUCAAUCCAGCUAAUUUGUUCAAAUGAUUUACAUUUUUUUGGAGGCCAUAACUAUGUUUCCAUCCAUCUAUAUUUGUUCAUUUUGGAAAUGCACGUAAGCAAAUGACUUAAUAAAAGCGGCAAGAUGCGAAAAUAGUUGAAAAUGCGCACAAUAAAUGUAAGCGUAAACGUAUGAUCAACUUUUUGUCCGCUAAAAAAAUGUGCGUAAUCUUAAAUGGGAACACAAUAGGUGCGUUCAACUUAAACUAUGGGCUGCAGCCAGUGAUCAACGAAAUUAGCCAGCCUGAUCUCACGAGAAAACGUAAGAAUUUUACGUCAUGUCAAUUUAGUGGCUAAUUUGUACGAAUUGGAAUUCAGUCGUACAAAAUUGUAAGAUUUUAAAAAGGAGGCGUGGCACCCAACCCCACCCCUAAACCUGACUGUCAUUGGGGGAUGAGCAAAUCGUACUAAAUUGUACGAAUUAGAUCGUACGAAUUCAUACGAAUUAGAUUGUGUUGGAUUAGCCAAGCGCAGGCGGAGGCGGAGCUGAAAACGGAGCCGUCAAGCCGGACACUUCGGGGCUCAAAGUUAUGAUGCAGUCAUGAUGACCGAUCACAUGGCGUCAUCAUCGUUUAUUUUUUAUAACAACAAAACUUUUACACUACAAAUACAAGAGAAUACAGUCUGGAGGAGGCCUUGGGGAGGACCCAGGAUACGCUGGAGGGAUUAUGUCUCUCAGCUGGCCUGGGAACACCUUGGGAUCCUCCAGGAGGAGCUGGAGGAAGUGUCUGGGGAGAGGGAAGUCUGAGGUUCUCUCCUAAGACUACUGGCCCUGCGACCCGGCCCCUGAUAAGCGGAUGAAAAUGACAUGACACAGUCUCUACAAACUAUAGUUCAUUUUUAAACAAUAAGGGAAUUAUGAAUUAAAUACAUAACAAAUGCAUGAGAGAAAUAAGGGGAAACGAGAGGGUGAUAUAAGCAUGAAAAUGAACAGGACUAAUAAAUACAAAGCAAUAAGCACAAACUCUAGGGGUUUAAACAUCAGUCUAGGCUAAUACUUCUUGUUUGAAUAUGCAAAAAGGGGUUUACAUUUAUUUACAUUUAUAGAUAUAAAACUUUCCUAUAUAUUAAUGUAAAACCCAAAACAAGGUGUUUGAUUAAUUGUUGACAAUGAUUAAGAUUAUUUUGGAUAAUAAAACCAUAAAAAAAGCACUUUAAUCCAAAAAGAUUGAACUAAAGGACAUUCCUACACUUUAAGCAGAAGUUUCCCAGAAUGAGCAGGUACAUUAAUGUCACUUUUAAAACUUGUGUAUAAAUGGCCUGACAGGAAAAAUAUAUAUAUAUUAAUCAUGUAAAUCAUUGUAUAAUUAUUUCAUAAAAUAGUUCUUUAACUUAAUUUGUUAAGAAAGCUUCGGGGGUGUCAGGGUCAAUGGUGAUAAUUAUUUUAAUUCAAGACACUGAGUUAAUAUUGAGGUUAUUCACUAAAAUAUAUCAUUCAAAUCGUUCAUGGAGCUGAAUGCAGUAAAUAGUCUGUGUAAAAAAAGGUCGAAAAUAAAUACGCAAACAAUCUAGCGUUUAUAAUUAGAUUAUUUAACAAAAGAUUAUACUGCAGUAAAAUAUUUGUUGUAUUUUAAAAAGCACGAUGCGUACAAGAUAGAGAGGGUAUGAAGAGUGAAUUGUUAAUAGUUUGUUUUACAAAGAGAGACAGAUAUUAUCCCAUGAUAAACUCAAAACACACAUGGUUGUUGGCAUGCGGUAAAUCCAGCCAAUCGUGUAAUAUCGUUGUCGUCAUCGCAGCUCCAGCAGUCACUCUUCAGAUGAUUAAACUUGUGUAUAAACAAGUAGACAGGUAAUGAAAUAUUUUAUUAUCGUAUAGAUAAUUGUAUAAUUAUUUAAUAAAAUAGUUCUUUAACUUAAUUUGUCCAAUAAUAAACCCAAAACACACAUGGUUGUUGUCAUGCGGUAAAUCCAGCCAAUCGUGUAAUAUCGGUGUCGUCAUCGCAGCUCCAGCAGUCGCUCUUCAGAUGCUGCACUGGCUUACUCAGUCGUCUGAUCUCGGAGCGCUGUUGCGGUACUUUGAUGCCGCAUGUGACAGUCACGCGGCGUCCUCGCAUCGUCAAUCCGGACAAAAUUUCUUACCAGCUUUAAAAUUUCGAUCAGUCUGCGCAGCUCUGCAUGAAGUCAAACGCACCUAAAUACUGAAUAAAUUCCAGCAUGCGCAUCGAAAAUAGUCAUCUGAUUUAAUUUAAACAGAUCAUGUGAUGACAAAAAUGCUUGUGAUUGGAUGGCAUUAAUGAACAAACCAAUGUCCCGACCACAUUGUUAAACAUCUGAAACAUUCUACAAUCCCUCAGCCAAAGUCUGUCAUCAAAGUGGGUCAGUAUUAUUACCUCCAGACCUGAGCAUCUGUUUGUUUUUGGCGCCAGUUUGGACUCUUAAAAAUGGAAGCGCUGCUUUAAGUGCAAAUAUUUCAUGCGAUAUUUCAGUGUUGUGCACAAAUCUAAUUCGUAUCCUCGGAUGGAAACAUAGCCAUCGUCUAAUCCCAUCUGACAAAAUCCUAUUGACAACAGCUUUAUCUAUUAGCAUGUCUGCUAGCAAAUGUACUUCUUUUGUUAGAUGUUUUGAAGCGCCGUUGAAUUCAUAUCUUGUAUGUAACACAUAAUGAACCAUGAUUGCGAAGGGUGGGAAAAGGUGGCAGACCCCGAACACAACAGAGGGAUGAAAAAACAUGCCAUCUGGCUGGAGGUGAAUGGUUGCGCGACAGUAAUUAUACCGUCUGUCUGGCUAUUUGUCUUCAGAAUCAGUCCAUGCUAAUUCCAGCCAUUUUGGAAAAUUGCAGAUUACAGCUUUAAAUUCCAUACAGUUAGAGCAGAAAUGGCUGAUAAACACAGCCGCCCUCAUCCAACAAUAAGCACUUGAGUAGUAAUAAUAAAAAAAAUGGGUUUAAAGCCUUAAGUUCCUUUCUGCAGGUGUAAUUUAUACAUCAGACAAGCGAAUAAGUAGCUAAUAGAAUGACCGCACUAAUGCAUUUGAUUUGACUCGGAAUGACAGUGCUAUAGCAAAUCAAUAAUAAUCAGGAUCAUUAAUAGAUUCUAGAAACUUCAGGAAACAUUUUUUGCAGAACUAUGCAACAUUAAAACAGCCUGGAAUACUGUUUGCUACUACUUCUAGUUAUAAUAAUUAUCUGGUAAUUUGUAAUAAUAUAUAUUUGUGUUUGUUCUCUAAAAUGUGUUCACUUGAUGUAUUUGAAUAAGCAAUAAUAUAUACUUAAUAUUAAUAUAAUAAAAUAGAUAUAUCUUUUA